AUGUGCAUGCUAAUGACACCAACCACCAAGAGAUCCAUCGAUACAAUCAAUGUCACCGACGAUGAAGAAUCACUCAGGUGCCGAAAGAGACAACGGCAAUCCAUAGCUAGAAAUGUCAUCUUUGCAGAACAAUCUCCAAGAACCAUCGAGUUCGAGAAGAUUGACUGUGACUCAAAAGCCAAUGUUUGGUAUUCGAAAGAAGACUUUCAAUUGUUUCAAUUCGAACGAAUCCUAAGUGUCCAAUGCUUGCAACGAGUUGUUGCAGGAGACAAGACACCCUUAGACCCCGAAGUCGUUUGCUUCCGCGGCCUAGAGCCUUACCGAAGUGAACAGCGACGAGAGAAGUUCCUUCUCCGUCGCCAAAACCAUGUCUCUACCAUCCUUGAGGAACAAGAUCGCCAAGUAGCGGAAGGGGUUGAAGAACCUGAAGCGUUCCGCGCGAUUGUGGAAGCUGAAACUCACAACAGCCUCAAAAUUGCUCAAUAUCAAGCGUUGGUAGAUCAACACGAAUCUGGCCUUAAGAAAAUUGUACAAAAGAACAAGGUCCAGACUACAAUUACCAGUACAAACGACAACAACAACAACAACAACAACGCUCCAAUCAUCGAAGACAACUCACCAGUUCUCGCUCCAUCGCAACAAACAGUUGCUAUUCGAGCCGCAUAA